GGCCGCUGAGCCUGCGCGUCCGGAGCCUGUGCUCCGCAACGGGAGAGGCCACAACAGUGAGAGGCCCGUGUACCGCAAAAAAAAAAAAAAAAAGGCUUGCUGUGAGUCAGAGAUCUGGCACAAAAGGGAGCAGCCAAAACAACCAGGAGUUAUUCUGCCAGCGCUUCCAACAUUUCUGCUACAAGGAGACUCCUGGGCCCCAUGAGGCCUUGAGCCAGCUCUGGGUGUUCUGCUGUGAGUGGUUAUGGCCUGAGAUACACACCAAGGAGCAGAUGUUGGACUUGCUGGUGCUGGAGCAGUUCCUGACCAUCCUGCCUGAGGAGCUCCAGGACUGGGUACAGGAGCCUCAACCAGAGAGUGGGGAGGAGGCGGUAGCUAUGCUGGAAGAUCUGGAGAGGGAGCUGGAUGAAUCAGGCCAACAGGUUUCAACCCAGGCCUGUGCACAGGAAGUUCUUUAUGAGACAUCGGUACCUCUGGACCCAGCUAAGAAAGCAACAUAUCUCCAGCCUCAACCCAUGGAGAUCCAGCUUAAGGGUGAAUCUCAGGACGCUCUACAGCAACAGGAUUGUGAAAGAAGAAUUGGUUCAAAAGCAGGAGCUUACUGUAGAUAUGGAAUCCCAAGAAAAGUUAUCAGACCAAAUCAAUGGAGAGGCUCUUGAAUGUGGAGAAACCCAAGAACAUGAAGGAUGGACAGAAAGGUAUCAGAGAAACACUUCAAAUGACAGAAGAUAUAAAUGUGAUGAAUGUGGAAAAAGAUUCUCUCAAAACUCAAGCCUCAUUAGACAUAAAAGAAUCCACACUGGAGAGAGACCCUGUUCAUGUAAUGUAUGUGGCAAAACUUUCAUUCAGAGCUCACAACUUACUGACCAUCAGAGAAUACAUAGCCAAUUAAAAUCGUAUCAGUGUGAUGAGUGUGGAAAAGCCUUUUAUUACAGUUUACACCUUGUUCAGCAUCAAAGGACCCACACUGGAGAAAAACCUUUCCAAUGUGAUGAGUGGAAAGCUUUUCAUUACAGCUCAGGCCUUAUUCAACUCCAAAGGACCCACACAGGAGAGAAACCAUUCCAGUGUAAUGACUGCGGGAAAGCUUUCUCUCUGAGCUCACAUCUGAUACAACAUCAGAGAGUCCAUACUGGAGAGAAGCCAUACCAGUGUAGUGAGUGUGGGAAAAGCUUCAGUCAGAGUUCAGGCCUCUUCCGUCACCAGAGAAUCCACAGUGGGGAGAAACCAUAUGAAUGUGAUGAGUGUGGAAAGACUUUCAGUCAUAGUUCAGCUCUUGUUGGGCACCAGCGAAUACACAGUGAAGAGAGGCCCUAUGAGUGUUAUGUGUGUGGGAAAGCUUUCAGCUAUAGCUCACAUCUUCUGGGACACCGAAGAAUCCACACUGGAGAGAAGGCCUAUGAAUGCGAUGUGUGUGGAAAAGCUUUCCGGCAGAGCUCACACUUCAUUGUACGUCAGCGAAUCCACACUGGAGAGAAGCCCUGGCGAUGUCAAGAGUGAUGUAGAAUUUUCCGUCUAUGCUCAUUCCUGUGGGACAUCAGAAAAGCACAGCUAGAUGUAGGGAACUCUGUGAUCCUAUUGCAAUUUCAGCUGUCAUUUGAAGAUACUUAUAGAGGCUGAAAUAGGCAGACACCUGACAGCUUACCAAGCAAGACAUUGUGAUGUUCUGCCACUAAGCACAUCAUGUGAUGUACUGGGACUUUGGAAGGGCUCAUUCCAUAUUCUCAAACUUUUCUUCUCUGAAGCAAGUGGCUCAGGCUAUCUAAAUGGUCUGUUAGACAAUAAACAAGAUUUUAGAGAUUACUACUGUUUCUUUUCCCUUUCCCUUUUUAUUCUCCCGUUUUCUUUGGAGUUGGAAUAAUAAUCUUGUCUAAAGUGUGAAUUUAGAAUUAACAUCUGAUCUGCAUUUUUUCUAAAAACCAUGAAUUUUUGCUUAGCUUGAUAAAAUACAUUAACCAAUCAAUUACAUACACUAAAACAUUGUGCAAUACAAAAGCCAUUUUGUAAUAUUGGAAUGAACUAUGAUUUGCACGGGUAGGAUGUGUUAGUGGCAGUAGAGCAAGAAGAUUUACCAUGCAAUUUCCCAGUGACCUUUCACAUCUUAAACCAGAGAGGGCAAACAGGCCAAUGGGCUGUAGUUGGCCUGCACAUGCAUUUUUCUCACAAAGUGUUUUUGUUUUUUUGGUGAUAUAAAAUUAUUGCAACUACUUAAGUUCACAUAAAGUCUGACUUUCCAGAUUCUCUUACAAAAAUGCAUGAUGUGGCAACCCUGAGCACCACAUUCCCAUGUGGGAACAACUGACUGGAGCUGAUUAUCACUGUUGUCUAGUUGGACAUGGUCCCCACUGCCACACAGAUUCCUACUGUCUUAUAUCCCCCCCUUAAUUCAUUUUGUCUGUGUGAACCCUGCCCCUGCCCUAAGGGUUUCUCAGAGAGGCUUCAGGGCUCUAGGUCUCUCACCACUGAAACAGCUUCAUUUUAAUUUGUUUUAAAUAUUGGCCUCUAAAUAAGAUUUCUCUGAAGAAAGGGUUUUCUGCUAGCAACAGUUUGAAGAUUUAGAUUAAAUAAUAAAUUCUAAAAUGUAACUUUUGAGCACCUGAAGGUAGAGGAAAGCCACUUUAAAAUUUUCUUUAGAUAGAAUGUAUAGGUAAUCUAUUGAAAGUCAAUUAUAAUAGCUUCUAACCAAAUUCUUAGAGACCAGUUAAUCAGGUGAGAUGAAAAACAUAAAAACACAUGAAGAGAGUCAACAUUAAGUGAAAAAUUGAAAAAAUGCAAGGCCAAAAGCAGAGACCAUUUGGGAAAGAGAACCGUUGAAAUGUGAAACAUUCAGUAAUAGGAGCAGUUGUGGGAAAACAGUGGGAUGAGGCCUUAAUGGGAGAGUAGGCAGAAGUGAAAAGAAAAAGCAGCUAAGAAAUGGAAAGAUGGGGAUAAACUCUACGAGAGGAAGAAAGCGAAGAGAAGUUAGGGAGAAAAGGGAAAGACCAGAGAUGCCAGAAAAACAAACUUCAAAGAGGAAAUGGAAGCAAAAUUAGUGAAAACAUAAUAAAUGAAAAAGCAACCUUUAAAGAAACAUGAAGGGGAGGUUGAGGGUUUGUAGAGGCUAGAGCCCAUGUUUUGAUCGUUAACCUCCCAGUGACUUCAGAGUAAUAAUCAACCCUUUAUUUCUAUGCCAUGUAGGCCAAAUCCCUCAUAUGAAAGAUCCUAACCCAAACCUGAGUUCACUACUCUAUUUACCACUCAGGAUCCUGGUCCUGCACGGGUCUCUGAGUGUUGAGACACAGGACGCCCCUCUUUACCACUCUAAGCCCCAAAUUGUUGAACUCUGCUCAGCCUGAACUCUACCUUCUUAGCAAAACCAAACAAGCAGAAGGAUUCUCCUGAGGAGCAAUAAUAUAUUCUUGGCCUCUCUCUGCGAGGCAUGUGGCUUGCCUGUUCCACUAAAGAGGAAAAAGCAUGAUGUUGUGAGAUAGUAAUAUCCAUUAUAAAUUAAAUAAUGAUAUAUGCAAAAGGAAAAGCCCUUUGCAAAGUAUAACAGUAAUAGCUACCGUCUGUUGAACCCGUGUCCCACACACUAUACCAAGCACCUUAUUAUCAAUAUAUAUCUCAUGUAAACUUUCCACCUCUUCUAUAAGCACUAUUUAUUAUAUCUCAAUGUCUAUAUAUAAUUUAUUCUUAUGAAAAGCUUGUAAUAAAAUGAAAAGUUUUUAUUAUAUUAAAAUGUUAAAUAGCCUGUUAAAGUGCUUUUAGAAUAAAAUCACACAACUAUGUAAAACAGAUUAAAAAUAUCAAAAAUUGGAAGGGAAUGACAACAAAAUAUCAAUAGUGACUGUAUUUAGGUGAUGAAAAUGGAACUAUUCUCUUCUUUUCUUUCUACUUGUCUUAUAUUCCAAAUGGAAAAUUUAGAAUUUAUCCUACACAUGUAAUAAAUACUUUUAAAAAAUUAAAAUGCUACAGAAUUU